GCAGCAAUCCUAAACAUUUAUCGUGGCAAGACCAGACUCACAGUUGCUUCAGGACGGAUGGGCGAGGGCAGGCGGAUAUGUCGGGAUCUACAGUCGUCAUCAUUUUAGCUGUCAUUGUGACAAUGCCUAAUGCUGCAGUACCGAUCGGUUACAUAAUGAAAGUGAAACCCUCGUGUGGCAGUGAUGGCAUCUCGGAUGCUGUGGUGACGGUCAUAACAGAUCUUCAGGCUGAAGCAAGGGGCAAGUGUUCGGGGUCGAAGACGGUGCCGUUCACCAGCCUCGACGGAGUCCACUUCACCCUUCCGGUCUCCUACCCACAAGGGUCCUCCCUUUGCAAGUUUAUUGAACGUGGCAACGCGACAAAAGUGUACACAGUGAAGGUGAUUGUUGCUUUUGGCGAAUCCGGCAACCCUCUCCAUCAAGUCGAGGAAGAAUACAGAGUCACGUGCACUUUUGGACCAAAUGGCAAGGGAGCUAGCAAACAACACAAAAUUGGUGACAGUUUGAUCGCGCCAUCGGUCCUGAAAAACAACGUGGGUCCUGGGUCCAAGGCCACGGUAAACCUCGUGGUGAACAGUGUGGUCGGGGUCGACCUGUCCGCCACACCCCUCAAGUUGGGCAGGAUAGUCUCCCUCGCAGCUACUGCCACCACGAGUGGAAGUGAAGUUGGCGUCCGACCGACUUCUUGUGACGCCAUCAGCGGUCAGCAACGUUACGCCAUCCUGAGAGCAGGAUGCGGGGAUGGAAUUGUUUUUAACACAACUGAUGGUUUUGUUACAAAAGGUCUGACCACCAGAAGUCCUUUCUUUGAAAUGUUUACCAUGGGAGGGAGUUCCAGCGUAAAAUUCGAAUGCAACUUCACGUUGUGUAGCAAGAACUGUGAUGGGAGUUCCUGCGUCAAUGGGAGAAACCGACGAUCUCAAGUGGAGGAAUCAAAGAUAAAAGAUUAUUUGUUCGACUUAAUAGCACAGACCUUGCCGAUGACGCCCUCGAACAUCAGAAACAAUUUACAGUACCGGACAAGACACGGUCGAAUAGGCGCCAUUAGACGGAGAUCCCGACUGAGCAAACGCUGACAUUUGUUUAAAUCACAUGUUAAUUUGUUAUGUUCGAAGUAAAAAGGAAGGAUACA